CCUGACGGCUUGUCAACUUUUCAGCUGUUUGUCACGCACAUUUUGGACAUUCCAGCAAAAAUAAACAAUGCUCAACUGAGUAUCAGAAAGUGAUAAGUGUCUCUCUGUUCUCUAUAAGAAAAUGGGUAGUGAUAGAAAAGUAAUCAGCGUAAAAUUUAAUCAAGAUCAAGGUAAGAAAUCCUUGAAAAAAAUAUUCCAACACAGCAACCUUUUGUCUAUUGUAGGAUGUUUUACCUGUAGCAUGGAAAGUGGAAUACGCAUUUACAAUGUCGAACCGCUAGUAGAAAAAGCACACUAUGAUGCAGACAUGGUAGGAAGUGUCGCACAAUGUGAAAUGCUCUUUAGGACUAAUUUAUUGGCUAUAGUCUCAGGUGGAUCUCGUCCGAAAUUUGCUGACAAUGUUUUGACAAUAUUUGAUGAUCUAACAAAAAAAUUUAUUUUAGAAAUAUCAUUUGCAUCAUCCAUAAGAGCUGUUAAACUGAGAAAGGAUAAAAUAAUUGUUGCUCUUUUGAAUCAAAUUCAUGUCUUUUCAUUUCCAACCCCAACACAGAGGCUAUUUACAUUAGAAACUAGGGAAAAUCACAGAGGACUAUGUGAUGUUAGUCCUCUUACUUCUGCAGAAAAACAAAUUUGGUUUUCCCUGGCCACAAGCUUGGCAGACUUAUCAUGCACAGAAAUAGGGAUAUCUAGCGCCCCAGUAUGGAUAGGGGCACACAAAAGUGAGCUAGGAUGUUUAGCUCUAAAUCAGCAGGGCACAAGAUUAGCAACAGCUUCAAAUAAGGGUACCCUCAUAAGAGUGUGGGAUACAACGACUAAAAAUCAGCUGGUUGAACUUAGGAGAGGAUCUGAUUUAGCUACUAUAUACUGCAUUAACUUUAGCAGAGAUUCAGAUUACUUAUGUUGCUCAAGUGAUAAAGGGACUGUUCACAUAUUUGCCAUAAAGAAUACAAAUUUAAAUAAGAGGAUUCUGAUACCAAGUGGUGGAAUAUUAGGAAAGUAUGGAGACUCACAAUGGGCUUUAGCAAAUUUUACAGUGCCACCAGAGUGUGCUUGUAUUUGUGCUUUUGGGCCAAACAGUUCCGUUAUAGCUAUCUGUUUGGAUGGUACCUUCCACAAAUAUGUCUUUACAUCUGAUGGUAUCUGCAACAGAGAAGCUUAUGAUGUCUAUCUAGAUGUCUGUGAUGAUGAAGAUUACUUACAAUAAUUUUAGGUCAGAAGACACAUCUAUUGAAUGUGUGGAGUCAGCAUUGUGGUAAAUUAGUCAAAUAAGGAUAAUGUAAUUUUUUACUAUCAUAUCUCAUAGUAAAAGGGAUAAGCGAUUGUAAUAUGUGUUAUACUUUAACUAUAUUUAAUCACUAUGUAAUUUUUUUCUGAGAAAUAUUGCCAUUAUUUCCUCAGUUACUCUGUAGAAGUGUUUUAUUGUGACUAGGUAAACUGAAUUUUUAAAUGAAAUCUUUAUGUUACGAUGAUAGUUGUAUCUUUUCAUAUCAUUUCAGAUAAAGUGAUUUUUAUAUUAAUGGUGCUAAACAUAUUUAAAUUAUACAGGUACUUUUAUUUUUUUUAAAUAAAACUAUAAAC